CGCAACGUUCGCAGUCACGGUUCUCAACCGUUGGAUCCACUGUUGGUCUCGACGAUUCCGACAUGCUGGGCCGAGAACUACUCCACCAACUCUUGGCUUUUCCAACUUGACAGAUCGACUUGCUAGGGCCUUAUCAAUCCUUGCCAGCACCAAAGCACAACUCCGUACCCAUCCAUUGAGCGACAUGUGAACCAACGUUUAGAUCCGGGAUUGCCCACCUUGCCCACACAGGUCCUUUCUAGUCGGCCAAAGGUGCCGCGAGGCCUCGCCAAUGGCGUGUUGGGCUCUGUUAUAGCCUCAUCUGCGUAUCCGCGUUGCGUUGAUUCCUGCUUCAACUCAUCUAGUAGAGACAUUAAAGACUCAGGAGCGUCCAAUGCAAUCUGCUAACCAUGGCUUAUGUGUAGUUCGCGUCCCUCGAGUAUCACUUUUCCAGGACCGGCCCGGCGUGACGGAUAGAGCUGUGUCCUUCGUCUUUAACGUCAUUCAAGCAAGCCUCUGCUUCUUUAUUGCUGGGACUAUGAGCUCUAACACAAUCAAGCAAGCCGCUGAAUCUGCACGCUCCAAGGCCGGUAACAUGAGAAAGCAAAGCACCGAAACCGUGGCCGUGGUCAAGACUGACUUCCUCCACACUCCCUUCAUGCGGGCUGCGCUGCCAUUCAUCAAUGGCGGCGUUUCUGGCAUGCUCGCAACUACCGCAAUCCAGCCUGUUGACAUGAUCAAGGUCAGACUGCAAUUGGCUGGCGAAGGUGUUGCCACUGGACCAAAGCCCACCCCUCUCAGUGUCACAAAAGAGAUCCUAGCCCAAGGCAAAGUGCUCGACUUGUACACUGGUCUCUCGGCCGGUCUCCUCCGUCAAGCUGUGUAUACCACGGCGCGCCUCGGCUUCUUCGACACAUUCAUGAAGAAACUGACACAACGAGCCAAAGAUAAGGGCAACAGCAUUGGCUUUGGUGAGCGAGCAGGCGCUGGUCUCGCAGCAGGCGGCCUGGCGGCCUUUAUUGGAAACCCUGCAGAUCUGGCCCUGAUCCGCAUGCAGUCAGAUGGGCUGAAACCAAUUGCCGAGCGCAAGAACUACAAGUCGGUGGUGGAUGCAAUUACGUCCAUUGUCCGCUCCGAAGGUGUAACGGCACUCUGGGCCGGAUCGUCACCCACCGUGGUCCGAGCCAUGGCGUUGAACUUGGGACAGUUGGCAUUCUUUUCCGAGGCCAAGGCCCAGCUCAAGACGCGCACCAGCUGGUCUUCCCGAACACAGACGUUGACAGCCAGUGCCAUUGCCGGUUUCUUCGCCUCAUUCCUCAGCCUGCCCUUUGACUUCGUCAAGACGAGACUCCAGAAACAGCUGAAGGGGCCUGACGGGAAGUUGCCAUACAAGUCCAUGGUCGAUUGUUUCAAGAAGGUGGCCAAAGAGGAAGGCCCGCUGCGCUUCUACCGCGGAUUUGCAACCUACUACGUGCGCAUUGCACCACACGCUAUGAUAACUCUCAUCGUUGUUGACUACCUUGGCUGGCUGACCAAGUAAUUGCGUGCUGCAAGAUGGUAUCUUCUUUGUAUGGGUGGAUCAAGUGUGUGAAGGCGUUUAUGGUAGCAUCACGGGGAGUGAUGAGUUGAUCAGGAGUGCCAGCUGUAAAUAUCUUUAGCUACGAGCUUUUUAUUUGCUCGGAAUGUAAAGUUCAACGCCGUUAACAAAAAAUCUUGUCUGA